AGAAUGAAGACGUGGUCCUUAAACGUCACUCUCUAACUUUUCCUCUUCUUUUCUCACAAAAUUCCCACUUCAUAUCAUCAUCUUCAUCCUUUGUUCUUCUUCUUUUCUUCAAUUCCUCUUCCACUUUAGUUUUUAAUAUGGAAACAGCUGGUCAUCAUAAUAUUUCUACUAGUGAAGAUGAUUAUAAGAAGAAGAGAGGCAGUUGCAAUAAUAAUAUUACAACAAAUAAUAACCAUAUUAAGAAAGGGUCAUUAAAUAAUGGAGGGUCAAGUACUACUCAAAGGUGUUGUCAAGCUGAGAAGUGCAGUGCUGAUUUAAGUGAUGCUAAGCAGUACCAUAGGAGGCAUAAAGUCUGUGAAUACCAUGCAAAGGCUCAAGUCGUCGUCGUCGCCGGAUUCCGGCAACGCUUCUGUCAACAAUGCAGCCGAUUUCAUGAGUUGACGGAAUUUGAUGAAUCGAAAAGGAGUUGCCGAAGGCGUUUGGCUGGACACAACGAAAGGCGAAGAAAGAGCUCAUCAUCAACUGCAGAGUCACAUAAUAUUGCAGAAAGUUCAAGCAGAAAAGGGACAGUGCAACUCAAUAAUAAGGACAUUAACAUGAUAUGUGGUCAAGUAAAUGACAAGGGAAGAAUUCAGAUUUCAAUUCAAGAAAAUUCCACUUUCAAAAACUUCCACCUCCGUUGAAGAAAUGCCUGCAUAUUAAUUAAUUGCUCUCUCUCUUCUGUCAUUCUCUCCAAGUUCUAUUCCUGAAAUAAUCAUCACUCACACGGCCAUUAGUACUACUGGCUUUAUCUGCACUAGAAACAGACUAUCAAUUAUUAUGAUGAUGUAUUAGAUAGUACUAUUAAGAAAAAGCCAAGAUUGUAUGCUUGUCGAGUAGUUGGGGAGCCCGGUACACAAAAUAUUUUGUAUUUAUGCAGGGUUUGGAAAAGGGUAACGUUCCAAAGAGUAUAAGGUAGACAACCUACCCUAAUACAUGGGGAGUAGUUGUUUACAUAUACCUCUUGAUCUACCAUCCCUGGCUUUAGAUUGAUAUGAUUGCCUUAUGAUAUAUGUUAGAUAUAUGCUUGAUUUCAAUGUAAUUAAGUAUGAUAUAAUUUCAGACUUGAUAAAGAUAGUCAUAAUAUCAGUAAUAGUGAAUAGAGGACUCAUCGUAA